ACGUACACAUCAACACACGCUAACGUACAUAAUCAUGGCCCGUCGCAAACGCGCGUUCAUGGACGACGGCGAUUCAGACUCUUCUCCCGACUCCGACGACGGCGUCGAUCAACACGAACACGAGCAGGAUCCGGACGAACGCGACGAGCGCGAACUUUUACAGAAUCCGUACGGACGCAAGCAUAAGCGCAUGAAGCGGGACGGCAGGGAGGAUGCCGUCUACGGCGUCUUUGCGGACGAUAGUGACGAGGACGAGGGGUUUAGUAAGCGGCCGACGAGGGGAGGGGCAGGCGGAGCAGGGGCGAGGAAAGAGAAGAGGAGCGACUGGGCAAAGGCGCCGGCGUUCGUGAGCUCGAGCACAAAGGCGCCACCGAAGGCGGACAACGAGAACGGGAACGAGGACGGGGCGGAGAAGGGAGAGAAGGUGAGUGGGAGCGGGGAGGGGGACAGUGAGUCUUCGGAGGAGGCGCUGGAGGCGGACGUGGACAUGGACAAGCCACCGUCGCCGCGCGUGCGAGAAGCGGAUGACGACGAGGACGACGCAGAAUUAGAACAGAGGCCGAGGUUUGGCUUGGGUCGGACGGCCGGGAGAGGCGGUCUAGGGCUCGGUGCUGCUGCCGCCGCCGCCACAACCACCAGCAAGUCGCCUGCUUCCUCCAUGUCUUUUUCGGGCUUCACGAAAGCCGCCCCUGGCUCUUCCACUCACCCCUCCGCCAUCGAACCUACUCCGGUGCCACCGACUACUACUUCCAGUUUGCCGUCCGCUUUUGGAGGCGCUCCCCGCGUUCAGCGUGCUUUCGUGCGCGAUGGCAAUGGUAUCAAACCCACGGCCAAUGGCCAUUCCACUUCUCGAUCCUCCACCCCUCUACCAUCUAAUGUCGCUGGCUCCUUUGGUGCCCGCAUGCUCUCCAAGAUGGGGUGGCAGGCCGGUCAGGGUCUAGGUACAACUGGAGAGGGUAUCGUCAACCCCGUCGAGUCGAAGCUUCGACCGAAGAAUAUGGGUAUCGCCUUCAAAGGCUUCACAGAGCGGACGAAGCAGAGUAAGGAAGAGGCCAGGAGGAGGGGUGAAGCUGUUAGUAGUGACGAUGAGGACGCGGGUGGACGGAAGGGCAAGAAGGGUGGGAAGAAGGGUGCUAAGGUCACGAAGGAGGGCAAGGAGGAGAAGAGGGAGGAUGCUUGGAAGAGACCGAAGAAGGUGAAGACAAGGAUCGAGCAUAAGACUUAUGAACAGAUCGUCUCCGAGGCUGGAGAGGAGACUGGGCUGUCGGGCAUUGGGAUCAUCAUCGAUGCGACGGGCGCAACGCCCAGAGAAGUCUCGUCCAUAGCAGAAGUCUCGACGGCUUCCUGGACGCCUUCGACUGACCCUACACGUCUGCCGGAGGUACGAUACAAUUUACGGGCCAUCGUCGACCACAGCGUGAGCGAGAUAGAUAGACUCGCGCGCGAGGCUAGGAAGGGUCGAAUACGACAGCAGGCUAUCCGCGAAGAGGAUGCGAGGCUGAAGAAGAGGGUCACCGAGGAAGCCGAGCUGAUCGCCCGGCUACAACAAGUCCACCUCGUCGUGGAUGACAUCAAAGUACAGGCGAAAGAGCUCGCGAUGAUGGACGGGGCGACAUUGGAGCCCUUCGCGCCACAUUUCGAGAAACUCUUAUCGCAGUUCCCACAAGAGUUUGACCGAUACCGGUUGGAUUCGAUCGUCGUCGCUGCCAUCGCCCCCGUCGUCCGACGAAUACUCGCGUAUUGGCAACCACUACAAGAACCCACCCUCCUCCUCUCCACAUUCCGUUCCUGGCGAAAAGCACUCCGUAUCUCCACCCCCACCGCAGCCAAAUCGCCUUCAUCCCAGCUCGACGUCUAUGGCACCCGAACCACCACCACCACAACGACGACAGUGCAGAAUGCGGAAACGGUCAUGACGCCGUUCGAGUCGUUACUGUGGACGGUGUGGCUCCCGCACGUCCGGUCCGCAUUGAACAAUGAGUGGGACGCACGGGACCCUGCGCCGGCUGUGAAGCUGUACGAGUCCUGGGCGGAGAUCUUGCCGGCGUUCGUUAAGGAUAAUAUUCUUGAUCAACUUGUACUACCGAAAGUGAAGCGUGCGGUGGCGGAUUGGAGUCCCAGGAAGAACAACAACAAGGUACCUGGCGUCGGUGUGGGUGUGGAGAAGGCCACAGGAGCAGGAGAGGAGGUUACACUGAGGACACUCGUCUUCCCCUGGCUAGGCCACGUCGGCCUCCGUAUGGACGACAUCCUCGACGACGCGAAACGGAAACUGAAAUCGAUGCUGAGACACUGGCGCCCGGGCGAACCGAUCCCGUCCGAUCUGAACGACUGGAGGAUGUUGUUGGGCGCACAGGUGUGGGAUGGACUGGUCGUGAGUUAUGUGUUGCCGAAGUUGGGGGCGGAGUUGAGGGAUGGGUUUGUGGUGAAUCCGAGGAGGCAGGAGAUGGAGGCGUUGGAGAGGGUGUUGGAGUGGGGUGUUAGUGUUAGCCCGACGAGUUCGAGUGCGAAUGGGAAGGAGGGAGGAGGGAAGGAGGGGCCGUUGGUGAGGGAGAGUAUGAUGGGGCAGUUGUUGGAGAGGGAGUUUUGGCCGAAGUGGUUGGACGUGUUGCAUCUUUGGUUGGUCCAGGGCGGCGUGCGGCUUGGCGAGGUGGCGGAUUGGUUCGAGUGGUGGAGGGGGUGGAUGGAUCGGGCGUUGGCUGGCCCCGGUGGAAGUGGAGGUGAGAAGAAGGGGAAGAUGAUGGAGGCUGUGGAAGAAGGAUUUAGGAAGGGACUGAAGAUGAUGGAUGAGGCGUAUAGACUGGGCGACGAGGGCCGAGCGAACUUGACGAAACCGGACCAUCACCGGUCUUCUUCGACGACCGCUGCACAACAGCAGGCACAAGUAGCCGCGGCAGCAGCGAAGAAGAAGGCCAUCAGGGCGGGGUCACAGCAGCCUCCAGAAGUGACAUUCAAGUCGAUAGUGGAGGAUUAUGCGGCGAAACAUAAUCUGAUGGUGAUCCCCACCGGUCGUGCGCACGAGAUCUCGAGGAUGCCGCUUUAUAGGGUCAGCGCGACGGCGGAUGGGAAGGGCGGGCUGGUGGUGUAUGUGUUUGAGGAUGCGGUUUAUGCGCCGGAUCCGAAUGCGGGUGCGGGUGGUGGGGAGUUUAGGGCGGUUUCGUUGGAGAAUAUGGUGUUGAGGGCGAUGAAGGGGGGUGGCGGGAUUGGGACGGGUUAGAGGGACUGUGAGUGGAAGGGACGACAUUUGUGAUUGUGUGGAUUUUCUUUCUCCAUCUCUUUCCCUUCUAUUAUGAUGUUGUUUGUUUCGUUUUCGCUUUCACUUUUUUUUUGAAUUUUCAGAAUGUCUGGCUCCGCUCGUACACUUUCUAUCCGCCCGCUAUAAAGACUCAGACUGAAGACUGAAGACCGAAGGGGAGUGUACUACGCUGUACUCGAGUAUGAUAUGAUACGUUAUGUCAGCCUCAUCUGCACUCCACCAUGAUCCAUCUCCUCCUUCUGCAUGUCCUCCGAUUCAGAGUCGUUCUCGCUCAAUGGAUGGCAUGUACGGCGUCUACGCAUUUUCCUUGCUCACCUCUAGCUUUUGCGUUUCUCUCCGGUGUACUUAUUAACUACUGACUGGCUUUAGAAACAUCCCUACUCCAUCCAAGCAGGCGUUCAAAUUCCACUAGUGAUCAAUCGCGCAUGUGUAUAUGCAAAGUUUUCCCUGCUCACUGCCUCCAACUCCUGUGUUUCUCUCCGGUGCACUGCUUACCGCUGACUGGCUGUAGAAAUCAUCCAUCCAAGCAGGCCUUCAAGUCCCACUACUGAUCGAUCGCGCACGAUUGUAUGCUUGCAUUGAUCUGCUCGCGUGUUUGUACAGCGUCUGCAGGUUAUCCCUGCUCGCCUCUAGCUCCUAUGUUUCUCGCCACUGACCGACUUUCAGAAUCACCCAAAUCGGCGCUCCUGCCUACUUACUCC